GUAGAGGAAAGACGCCAUUAGACGGACGGUCUGGAGGCAGGGGGGCCGUGCUGGUGCUGCUGGUGCCGCUGGUGGAGCGCGAUCCGCGUCUCAUGCGACCUUGUAUCCUUCGUUUCUUUUUUUCCGCAUCCGGUCGGCGUCGCGUCCAGGGCGUCUAAUGUGACUCGCCAGCCGCCCCCCGCCCCACCUCUCCCUGCUUUUCUGCCACUUCGUAUUCCGAAGACGGAUCGUCCCGGUCCAGGAUGGCGACUGGGGCCGGUAAAACACACUCCUUCAAGGUUGUCCUGCUGGGAGAGGGAUGCGUGGGCAAGACGUCGCUGGCGCUGCGUUACUGCGAGAACAAAUUCAACGAGAAGCACAUCACCACCCUCCAGGCUUCCUUCCUGACGAAGAAACUGAACAUCGGAGGCAGAAGAGUGAAUCUCGCGAUAUGGGACACAGCAGGACAAGAAAGAUUUCACGCGUUGGGACCCAUAUACUACCGAGACUCUAAUGGAGCUGUAUUGGUGUAUGACAUCACAGAUGAGGAUUCCUUCCAGAAGGUGAAAAACUGGGUCAAGGAGCUACGCAAAACGCUGGGGAAUGAAAUAUGUUUAUGUAUAGUGGGGAAUAAAAUUGAUCUUGAAAAAGAGAGACACGUAUCCGUUCAGGACGCAGAGGGGUACGCAGAGUCAGUGGGCGCCAAACACCACCACACAUCCGCCAAACUAAACCGAGGGAUUGAGGAGCUCUUCCUGAACCUCUGCAAGCGGAUGACUGAGGCAGCGGAGAUGGAAGACCAGCAGAUGGGAAACCAGACCGGAGUUGCCCUCCGGAGAGGAGUCCAGAUCGUGGACGACGAACCUCUGGGGGGCGUGGCCUUAGGGGGGGCGUGCUGUCCAUCCGGCUAGCCUUCACACCCAUGGCUGCCGGCAAACCCCCAGCACAACUGUCUCUGACAAUUUUCCUAUCGACUGCCAAACAUUUACCACACAGGCCACGCCUGGUUAACAUGCUUAAUAAUGCCCCAGUACAGGCAGUUCUCCGCUGAUGUAAAUAAUUUGUUCUACAAAGCCUUAUGUAUGUCAAAUUUUCUGUAAUUCAGAUUUACCUUACAACGUCAUUCAAGAAAGCAGACAACUCAAAAUUACUAGUAAUACAUACUAAUCAAUACAAAUAAAUGAACAGAUGAAGUGUAAAUUUACUUAUGAACGUAUGUCGCCAUUUUGUGUUAGUGCUCCCAUGACCUGUAUGUACUCCGUCAUCCAUAUUUGUUUUGUACAAAUCUGGAUCCACUUAAGUGGAGAGCUGCCUGUAUUUUUCAUACCAUAAUGCUGCUGAGAGCAAAAUGAUGAACCUGGGGGGCGGGGGGGAUCUGAUUCCCUUCCCCCAUCCUUUGGCGUCUCCUUUGAUUUAACCAAAAAGUUACAAAAGGCCUUGCAGAGAUUCGCUCCGCUCAAACAAAUUUGCAUACAGGACGUGUUUACUCACCAACACAUAGCAUCUGCAUGAAGAACUGAAUUUUGCUUUGUUUGAAAAACUGAUCUGUAUAAUUUAAUAACAUGUAUAUGUUAUAUAAAAACUUAUUAAACUGUUUUUAUAUUUUUGUGGA